AUGUUAAGCGAACAGCGAACCGAGUUCUGUCAGCAUCAUAGCGAUGAUGCGAUCUGUAAUUCCGAGCAGGUGGCAACGGAUAGCUUUGAUGCUGAUCGUGUGCAUGAGUUUCCAGCGCCCUUUCUAGUACGAACAAAAUCACGGCUUGAGAAGGAAAGUUUACAUCGGCAAUAUCAAAAUCAGCAACAGCGCAUGAAUAGUCCAUACGGAUGGAUUCAGUGGUUAUACGAGAAGAUAUCCUUCUCUGCCAUACUCGAAAACAAGUCGGCUGUGGCCAGAGAUCAUCUCGCCAAUGAACGAACCUUUUUGGCUUGGCUACGCACAUCAUUGGCCAUGGUCACAGUGGGUGUGGCUAUUACACAGCUCUAUAGCAUGAACCCACAAGGAAGUGCGACUGCAGGACGCGCAAUUGGUGCUAUUUUUGUGAUGCUCAGUGUUGCGUUUCUCUACCUAGCCAAUGUACGCUAUUUUCAUUCGCAGCUGGCGUUGAUAAAGGAUCAGUUUCCUGCCAGUCGUGGGGCGAUCAUGUUCGGCUCAUCGGCUGUUUUAGCUUCUUUAAUUGCCAUGUUUGUCGUUAUCAUGAUUCAUGAUCGACAAUAA